AUGGGAAAUGCCCAGAGUUCCGCGCAGCCUUUGGAGUUGCGCUUGUCCAGGCCAAAUUUGCCUGGGAGACCCUUGGCGGCUUACUGGGCUCUCCACGCGGCUGAGGCGCGGGCGCGGCCGCGAUGGGAGGAGACCUUCAAGAUGCAGGUGGAGACGGAUCUGGAAAUACGAAUCCUCCAAGGGAACCAGCUGGUGGCCAAAGGUGUGCUGCAGGCUUCCCAAGCGAACGAGGCUCCCGCCUUGGCGUUUCGCGUCGUCUCCCUGCCGUUGAUGCCGGGGCCGGGCACGUUGGAAGUGAAGUUGCGACAAACCACUGAUGCGGUGGAGAAGAAGUUUCAGUUCCAGAUGCCCUUGGCACGACGACAGGUCAUUUCUUUGGAGCUCCAAAACGCCGAGCUGCUGAAACUGCUCCGCGCCCGCGGAGCCACCAUUGCGACCAGCCCGUCCUCGGUGGAUGGGGCGGCGACGCGGCGGGAGUUCCAGGAGACCUCGCAGAUGAGGCACCAGCAGCUGCUGGAAGAGUCCUACGCUUUCAAUGCCCAGCUGCUGCAGAGGAAGCAGCAGCUGCGCCGCAGGCUUUCGGCCAUGAAGAUGUUCAACUCAGAGCUGCCGCGGCUGCGUCAGAACCUCGCCAAAGCCCUUGCGAGGCAGCAGCAGCUCCAGUCCGAGGGCGAGGCCCAGGUCAGCUUUCUGCAACGGCGUCUGUUGGAGGCCCAGGAGAAGGCGUUGCCCGAGGUGGAAGCCCAGGCCUUGGUGGCUCUGGCGCUGGGACGGCGCGAGGAGUUGCAGCGCCAGUGCCGCGACGCGCAACAGGCGCGCCGGGAGGAAGAGAUGUCUCCAGAAGUGGCUCAUUUGCGGAAACUGUCUAUGGAGCAGCAGGAGGAAUUGCUCAGGCGUCGUGAGCAGAUCGUGCAGAUCGAGCAAAGCAGCUGGGUGCAAGCACUUGGGGGGUGA